AUGUCAUCCCUGGACUUGAUGAAAAACGAGUGUUUCGCAUCUGGGACCCUGUCCUCGGCUUCCCUAAAAAGAAGGAUCAUAAAGAAGAGAAAGGUCUCUCCGAAGGCGCAGCACGAUGCGGACAGCGACUGUCAGCUGUGCAGGUGUUCCAUAUUUCCCCUGUCUGGCAGUAGUCGCACUGUUCAUCGGAUUUUGACAGCCUGUGUCCUCUCUUUCCUGGCCCUGCUUGGCUCUGUAUCCAUUGACCUCAGCUUCAACUUUGACCUGCUGCACACAACAGAGGCCGCUUAUGAUGAGCUUACUUCCUGCAGGACAAUAGCUAUCCUGCAACUUGUCAGGACAGAGCUUCUGUCUGGGUCUCAAACUGGAAUUCAGUAUCUGACAAACACUCAGCAGUGCUUGUUUGAUCGUGCGGGGCCGGCUCUGAGGUUGGCGUCUCGAUCCGUGUCUUCGGCUCUCAGUAUGAGGGUCUGCCUGCUGGCCAUAGCCUGCCUCAUCUACCCGGUGGUGAUGUUCUCAUUCAAGCAGAUGACCGAGUGGAUACAGAACUACGCCCGGAGCUUGAAGGAGAAGACAGAGGACCUGAAGCGCCAGAGGCAGCUGGCUGAGGAUCUGCUGCACCAAAUGUUGCCCAAGUCAGUCGCCAAGCAGCUCCGCCAGCGUAAACAUGUCGAAGCAGAGAGUUAUGAAAAGGUGACCAUUUUUUUCUCAGACAUUGUGGGCUUCACCUCUAUCUCUGCGUCCUGUGCUCCUCUGCAAGUGGUGGAGAUGCUCAACAACCUCUACAUGUGCUUUGACACACGCAUUGACUCCUACAAUGUCUACAAGGUGGAGACGAUUGGGGAUGCAUACAUGGUGGUGAGUGGUCUGCCUGAGAGGAACGGGGAUAGACAUGCCGAUGAGAUCGCCAAGAUGGCGCUGGAUCUGGUUGCAGCUGUCAGACAGGUCUCCAUCCCUCACAUGCCCAACCAGAGGCUGCAGCUACGAGCCGGCAUCCACACAGGUCCAUGUGUGGCGGGAAUAGUGGGCUACAAGAUGCCAAGAUACUGCCUGUUUGGUGAUACUGUCAACACUGCCUCUAGAAUGGAGUCAACUAGCCUGCCUCAGAGAAUCCACGCCAGUUCAGAAACCUACUUGGCCCUCAUCAAAGACAACGCCUACGAGCUGCAGCUUCGUGGAGAGAUUGAGGUUAAGGGUAAAGGCAAAAUGAACACAUACUGGUUGAUUGGCCACAAGAACUACAGUGUGCAGAAUGACAGCCUGGUUUGCCACUGGAAUCCCAACAUGGCAAGAAAGAAGAAGACCGUGGCCAACAGUGACACCUCUGUGGGCAAUUCCUCAAUGACAGUGCAGAGCCUCAGUGAGAACGCCACCACCCCAGUCUCCCUUCCCUCCUCAGUGUUGAACCAAACCCCACCACGUCCUUGGACAGACAAGCCUGGCCUGAGCGUGGCAGCUCAGAUGGAGUCUUACGGCGGCAGCAACGGUACCCUGGGCUCCAUGAUUGGGGGGCUGCAGGGAGCAGAGGAGAGCCCUCUACCCAGCCAGCGUAGCGGUAGCAGUGGGUGUAAACCUGACGUUCUGAACAUUUGAGGAAAAACUCAAAAAUAGUUUGUUUUCAAAAUGAGUAACCUGAUCUCAAAGCUGAUAUAAUAGCUUAACUUUUUUGGAGUAGUAGUGACUGUGUAUGUAUGCAUUUAUGUUUGUAUAUUUGUAUGUAUACACUGUUCGCCUUGUUAAUUGUACAGUUAAAUACCACAAACUGCCCAAUAAACCCACCACAAAAUAUCUUGCCGUCACUUACUGUAAUUUGCAUAGCAUGAUGGGUAAAGUGAAGACGUUAUAUGUCAUUUACAGUAACUUACUGUAUUUUCUUGAAAUUGCGUUAUUUUACUGUUAACACAUUAGUACUAGUGUACUGUAGUUAGGUUAUAAUGUAUAUUUGACUUGAAUGGUUUAU